AUGCAAUCUAAUAUAGUUUAUGAGUUGAACGGUUCUUCUUGUCCAGCUACAUAUAUUGGAGGAACUACAAGACAAAUGUAUAGACGGCUGAAAGAGCACGGUGCUCAGCAACCUUUAGUACUGACUCCUGAAGACGGAGUUCGGCGCUCAGCUCGCAUCAUCGAAAAAGCAAAAGCUAAAACAGCUAGCAUAAGUUUUCUUCCCAAUAGUAGUAACGACGAGAAUGAAGACACCACAAGAUCAACAAAAGCAGAUGAACAGGCAUUACUAGAUAUAAAAUCAGCAGUUCAUCGACAUAUGCAUGAAACAAAUCAUGCUAUAGAUUGGGAGAAUUGA